AAACUUUUCUAACGUUUCCUAACAUUCUUUGGACAAGGAACUUUAACAAUCAUUAUAAAAACAUGAUUUACCAACUCGUCGAGGCAAGUCUCAAUGUCGAACAUGGUAAACUGGUCGGAGCUUCACGAUGACGUUCUACAAUUGAUUCUGGAGGGUUUGGACAUCAUUACUUAUGUUAGAGCUCGAACCGUUUGCAAGGAUUGGUACGCAGUUUGCAAACGAAUCACUUCAGUACAGGAAAAGUCUCCGUGGGUGAUAAUCUUCCCUGACGGAAGAUCAAAGUGCGGUUCUUGUCUAGUGUCGGACUGUUGCACUUCUGGACUCACCGGUAAAUGUAAGUUUUACAGAUUGCAGAAUCUCGGCAAUGACUUUGGUACUCACCGGUGUAUCGCAACUUGCGGAGGCUGGCUCUUAAUGUUAGACCUACGUUCAAGUUUAUACGUUUUGAAUGUUUUAACACGCGAGAGAAUCAAACUUCCGCCGUUUGAGUCACACAAAGGAAGGCUAUGUGUUGAGAGACGCCGCCGUGACACCAACUUCGUAAUAAAUAAAUCGUCAGUAACCACAAGAAACGCUGUAAACAAGACAAACGCGGUUUUAUGGGUCGACGAGAGAACCAAACGUUACUUAGUCGUCUGGUCGAUAGGUCUCUGGUAUAUGAUGUACGCUAGGAGUGGGUUCGAUUUCUGGAGAGAGAUACCUACACGUGAAGGUCCUGAGAAUCUACAUGGAUGUCAAGAUAUUGCCUACAAAGACAACAAGCUUUACGUUCUAAGCCAUCAAAACCAAAUCAGAAUCUUGGACUUCUCUCAAGAACUCCCUUUAGCGUUACCGACUAACGUUGAGCAUCAACCAUUUACGAAUGACAGACCAUGGCGAGUUAAGAUUGGAGUUACAGUCUCCGAACAUGUUUUGAUGGUUAAGAAUCGGUUAAAUAAAAUUUUGAAGAUUUUUAAGAGGGAUUCAGAAGGGACAAGUUGGGAUACUGUGGAGUCAUUAGAGGGAGAAGCUUGGAUCAUGGAUCUAGGUGUGACUGUACCAGGAGUUAAUGGGACUAAACCAAACUAUAUUUAUUACAGCAAAGAUAAGUAUGUUUAUUGGGGCGAUGUUUCGACUCAAGAAUUGGGGAUGGCCCAAGAUGUUAACUUGAAUCGUAACUUCAGUUACGCUAGGUGGUUUAUUCCUAGUCUUCGUGAGUUAUAAUUGGAUUAAGCUAUUUUUUUCUUCUGUAUUGUUUUUUAUAUUUCUUGCUUACUGUUUAUUAAUUGAGAUUCAUAGUUUUCUUUUAUCGGAUUGUUUUGGUGUUUAAGAGCAACCUCAAUGAUGGAUUCUCACCAAUGGAUUCUCAAAAUACGUUAAGUCUAACUAGGAUAAGGCCGCGUUUUAACCCGGAUUAUGUUUCUUUCUUUUCGUUGUUGCAUUUUAAAAAUUAAAUAAAUAAAAUUAUUGUGGUUCAUUGACCUAUUAACUAAAAUAUUUGGUUAAUUAUCUAUGUUAAUUAAUAUUUAGUAUUGGAUAACAAGGUCGUAUAGCGAAAUCAUAUUUAUAAUGUAUUGAUUAUGUCGAAUUAUCUUGUAGUAGUAAUAAAAUAUCUUUAAUAAAAAGUAUAUUGGUGGGAAUAUACUAUAGGUAUUCUCAUUUAUUAAUUUUAGUAAUAUCGAGCUAAUUUUAUUGUUUAGAUUUUCUGAGAGUAUAUCAUUUAAAAGUGUGUAAAAAAAUUUAUAUUACAAAUAUAUAAUGCUCUAAAUACUCAUGUUUUGUUGGACCAUUCAAAGUUAUCAGUAAAAAAACGAUACUCUAAAUUAAUAGAAUAGAGGCUUCAAUAGUAUUCAAGAGACUAUGAUUCAAAGCUUUAGCUAUCAAAUCUCAAGGUCUACCACACAAAUAUUCGUGGCAUCGACUUGUCCGGGUCCAUAUAUUGUCUCACUAGUUACAGCAGCAACUGGAGUAUAAUAGUAGAUCAUGCUGUAGGUUUUCAUCUCUUAAUCGUGUUACUCAUGAAACAACCAAUCUUCCUUCAUUAGAGUCGUAGAUUCAUACGACAGGACGUAUUUUGAUGCUGUCUUGAGCUCUACGGCACCACGUUCCUUUUGACUAGGGACGAUUUCUGGUUCUCAAAGACAGCUGUUUUGUGUAAAAACGAAAGAAAUGAAGAUUUCGUCGUUGCUUGGGCUAUCAAAUGAUCUAUAAUAUCGAUCUCAUACAAGAAAAUACCAAAUGAUGAUGCUGAGCUUUAAACCAUCAUUUUUUCUUCUUCUGUUCUUUCUUUACUUUUCUUUUUUUUGAAACACAACUUAUAUUAAUGCAAGAAAAGAGUUAGGUGUCUGCCAUAAAGGCUUCACCCUCAACCAGACACAUUUUUGCUAGCUUAUCAGCAGCAUUGUUCUGUACUCUCGAGAUCCAAGAGCAAGAAAACUCAUCAAGUGAUCUACAAAAGAAGGUAAUAUCAGACAUAAUUCCAUAUAGCUCGUGGAGCUUCUCCAGACGUGAUGGCUUUUAUCAGCGAGGUUGAAUCCGAGUGGCAAUGUAGGCGUUGAAUCUCCAUUUCCAUCUCUUUACCUUUCAUUACGUACUUUUGUGAUGUAAAAAUAUUUUGGAAAGGAUAUCUUCAAUUCCAAAAAAAAAAAAAAAAAAAAAAACCAAAUGAUGAGACUGAGCGGUGGAGUAUUACAUGCACACAAUGUGAAGAUAUGGCUUUUGAAGAUAACAAGCUUUACGUCUACCUUUUACAUAAAGAAAAUAGAGAUCAUAAUUCUUAUAAUCCAUUUUAUUCAAGCACACCAAGAAAGGGAAGCAACAUAGCUAUCCCUCAAGAUGAAAUAAGAACUUUAGUUAGAACAUUAAUAUUUAUCCCAAAUAUACAUGAGCUUCAUCGGCUCACGGUUUCUUGAAAAGUAAAUGCCAUCAUCUCGUGCUUCCCAUGAGUUAAAUUUGCCACAUUUAAGAUACGCACCUCCUUGAUAUGCCGUAAAGUUUUGAUGAUAUUCAAGAUUAGCCCCUUUCCACAAGAUACAUUUGAAUCUUGUAAUAAGAAGACUAUCAUGAAAACUAAAAUUGUAUGCAACGUCUUGAAAUCUCAGAAAAUGGUCGCCUAGAUCAUCGUCUUUGGAUACACAAUGGACUUUGAGAAUACUACGGCUAAGUGUAAGGUUGUUUUGGAUAGCUACCAUGUUUUUAUGACACUUUUCUACAUUCGACUCAACAUGCAAAGAAAAUAUAAGAUACAGAAAAAUAAAUGCAAGUUUCAUUUUUCUUGUAGUUAAUUGUGUGUAUGUAAGUCCCUACAGAUUUAUAGACUUCAUAGUUCAUAGGUUUCUCAGACCGAAUUCAACAAUUGUGUCUUGGAUACCUCUUGUAACACCCGUAUUUUCCGAAAUAACUUAAAUAAAUAAUAAGUCAAAAGUUUUCAUUUAUUACUUCUCAAAAGUCAACUCCCAAGUCGUAAAUCCAAUAAAUGGCCAUAAAUCCAAAUAAUAUAAUAAAUCCCGAAAAUAUCGAUAAAAUCAUAAAAACCGCAAGUCUGAAAAUGAAAGAAACAAAACUCCCAAAGCACCAAUCUGAUAGCAAUCACUCAUGCUCGUCAGUCUCACCUGAAAGGGGGAAAGAAGGAGGGGUGAGUAACAGGGGAGUUACUCCGUGAGGUAUGAGAUGCUAAACCACAAACCACUGACUCAGUACAUAGCACUACAACUAUGUAGGCCUAGCUCUAGCAUGAAACAAACACGGUGUCUAAUACACCACAUAAAACAUCAAAUGCGCUGAUAGUGCAUAACUAGAUCACACACCCCACAUUCUCCUUAUACGGAUGUAAAUAU